AUGUGGCUAAAGGCAUUUGGGGAAGCAAUAUCGCUUGAAUAUAAUUUUGUUGGUCUCAAUGCGAUAAGCUUUGACAAAGGGUGCUAUGUUCCGAAUACCGCGGAGCCGUCUCCUCCACCGCCUCCACCACCGCCUCCACCACCGCCUCCUCCACCGGCUCCCGAACCGGUACCCGCCCCGGCUGCCGAACCGGUACCCGUCCCUCCUCAUCCGUAUGCCCAGUUUACGGUUGAGGAUUUACUAGCCUUACCGGGACGGGGGGCUUUACGACGUCUGGUUCCCGGAAAAGCGGAACCAGGCUCUUAUUGGUUUACUUUGGAUAAUUGUGUCGGUCGGAGCGUUUCCGACUGCAUUAAGAGUCAUUUCGUGGAGCCGCACUACAAUUGGAGCAAGGUGUCGCAAGAGACGUGCGACACCUGGUACAAGUGCUUCGCGCAACGGUGGAAUUGGGACAUCGGGAUCAACGAGACGGUCCGCGAUGCUUUCGUGGAAAAGGCGAAGAAACGCCUAGUCAACACCGAGCUCACCGAGAUCCAUGAUCUCUUCGACAUCAUUGCGGAAGCGGUUCCGCAGUUGGCCACCGCAAUCCGAGCGAGGCAACAGCGAGCACGGAGGGUUUUUGAGACCGGAGCUACUUCCGGUACUGGACCCUCGGACCCGCAGACGCAGGGCGGUCAGACUUCGGCUCCGGUCCCAGCAGUGACGGGCGGUCAGUCUUCGGCUCCGGUAGUGCAGACGGAAAACGUCGGUCCAGCAGCGACGGGCGGCCAAGACGGAGAGCUUCCUCGUGACGUCGAUCUCGACCUCGACGAUUACGACUUUGUAUAG